GUUACUUUCGGAACUGUUCAAAGUACUUUCAAGGGUGAUGUCGUUAAUUACAGUAUUUUCCCUUUCUACGUUAUUCAUUGGUUUUGCUUCCUCCGUCAUUAUGGUUUGUCCUCCUGAGAAAUAUUUAGAACCUUGCUAUUGCAGGCGAGUGGCAUACGGUCUUCAUGUCGUAUGUGCCAAUUUCAAUUCCAGUUCCAGUCUCGUAAGAGCUUCUAAAAUCAUGCGCGAAUACUAUGUGACCAGAGUUCUUUUCCAUGGUUUAAACAUCACUGACGAAUUGCCGAAUGAUUUGUUUCAUAACACUUAUAUCAACGGAUUAACAGUUGAAAAUUCCACAUUAAAGUUCUCACAAGAAGCGUUUACAGGUUUGGAUGAUACUUUGCACUCCCUGUUCGUUGGACAACAUUCUGUGAUCAAAAGCAAAGAUGACUUCACUUUGGCACGCCUUAGCAAACUUGAAGAGUUUAGAAUGAAGUUCGAUCACCUGCCGAAGAUCCAAAACACAUGGUUGAACGGAAAAGUAAAUAAUGUUCGUAUACUCGUCUUAGACGACAAUGAUAUAACUGAAGUCGAAAUAGCUGCAUUUUCUGAACUGUCACAAUUGAAGAGUAUAUCUAUGGCUAACAAUAAAAUCAAGAGUCUUAGCAGAUCAAUAUUUUCGUACCCAGUUCAACAUCUGAAGACCAUUGAUCUAACUAACAACCAGCUCGAUAAAUUGCCAACUAACUUCUUCGCUUUAAUGCCUUCCUUGCAAAAUGUAUUCCUGGCUGAAAACAAUUUUAAAACACUACUAGAAGUUACAUGGGGACCAGUAUGGAAACAUCUCUUUGCUGUUAUUGUGACAGGUAACAAAUUGAUGUGUGAUUGGAAGAUGGAAUGGCUGAAGAAAUUUCGUCGAAUCGAUAACUUGAAAGGUCGCUGCGUUGCUCCUAAAGACGUAGCUGGCAAACGAAUUUGGGAGGUAUAUUAUGGACGGGAUAGUAAUAUCAUGUAGCAUUACUAUCAUCUAAUUACCUAUUUUUAGAUCGAAACGAGAGUAAAUCUUUGUUGAUUUUUUUCUUCGAAGUAUUAUUUAUAAUGUUGUGCGUGGUAAUUUCUCUAUUAAUUCCAUUUCAUUUCAAAUCGUUGUAUUUUGCACGUGAUAUAAUAUUUUAGCCAUCAUAUUUAUUAAACACGCUUCAUAUCAAAAUGUUAUACGUUUAGAAUUUGUAAUGUGUAAAUAGAUAAUAUUGAUUGAAUUUUUUUUAUAUUGUAACAUGUAAAUAGAUAAUAUUGAUUGAUUUUUUUCAUAUUGUAAUAUGUAAAUAGAUAAUAUUGAGUGGAAUAUUUUGAGUAUUGCUUUGGUAUUUUUGUACAGAGAUUAGUAAAGUAGUUUAUAAAUUGUAAUUCUGUACACAUUUUUUUAAAAAUAAAGUUUCUUUAUUUUUUCCUGAUUUCUUAUUUCUGAAACCCAUUUUUAAUUAGACAUACACAGAUGGGCAGCAAAGUAUUUUUAACAAUGUAUACUACCUAGAGUAUUAAUAUAAUUUAUAAAUAUUUGUAUACUAUACAUUUGAAAUGCUGCUUCAUUUAUUUGUUACGUGUUCAUUACAAUUCGAAAUGCUCUUACAGUUGUGUCCUUUAGGAAAAGAUUUUACUUUACGAAAUAGGAACUAAUUCACAUGUUGCUAAAAUUAGCAAUUAAAUCGAUAAUUAAUAAAACAAACAUUUUUUUCAAUCAAAAUCUUGCCAAUAAUUAAGUUACACGAAAGAACAACAAAACUUCUUUGCCCAUUACAGUCUUUCGUUUUGUGUCAUGCGGUGACUUCUUUUCAGAAAUUGUGUCUGUUGAUUCUUUAUAAAAAUAUACCAUACUGUCUUUUCUUUUAAAGAAGUUAAUUUUCUACUAAUUAAAAAAAGGUCACGGAAUUUCCUUUUAUUCAAAGACUAAAAACUAAGUUUCUCUGGCUGAGGCUAAGUUUCUCUUACUAAUGCAGAAAUUUUUGAUUUCAUCUCUGAGUUAAUAAAUCAAAUGGACUUUCGUUGAUAGCAACUCUUUAUUUAAAAAAAUUGGUAUUACUGUCUACCAUUUGAAUCAAAUGCUUACUGCUUUCCAUUUUUCAUUCUUUGAAUCUGUAACAACAGGUAUCUUCUCUUCAAGUUUAAAAAAAAUCAUUUAAUCUCCUUUUCGUUAGAAAUCUAGAUUUAAAAGAAAAAGUGUUGUUACGUUCGUUGUUAAUCAUUCUUUUGUAAAUUCACUGGGACUAGUUGAUAAACUUUAAGUAAUAAAAUGUAUACAGGCCUAUACACACAGGGCGUUACCCAAAACUUUUACUAUAAACUAGUAACUGAUAUUGUUUUGGUUUGUAAGUUACGACCUGUUUUUGUUAUUUUAAACAUGAUUUUCACCAAAUCUUUUACUUAUUCGUAUACUACCAUUCUCGUAAAAUGUAAAAUGCGUUUUAUCCUGUUUUGAAUUCCUUGAAUAUAUAGAUGGUUGCUUUAAUGCAGCGAUUGUUCAGAAGUUAGUAUCACUUGCUUCUCAGUAAAGAUCUAGUAUAUUUACAGACGAAUUCUUCUCACUUCUAAACAUAUGAUCUACUCCCAUAUCACACUUUUCAAGGGAUGAGAGCAUGAUGUAAAUGAAUUUAACUCCUUUAAUGAUAACUACUGCUAGAAAUACUUCGAAGUACAUUUUAAAAAAUAGCAUUUCAAACAGCUUUCUCUUUUCCCAAGAAAUACUGACGUAGCUUAUCGAUCAUUUUAAGCUAAUUACUUAUGAUAAAAAAUUGUAUAAUAAAGAAAGCCUUGGUAUUUCUUACUUUAUCACAAAUGUACUUCCCCGAUGCUUAGAUAAAGCGAUGAAUAAGUGCCAGCCGGCUAGUUUUCCAACAUUAAUUCUCACAGUGAAGGCGCGAUUUUAAGCGUGCAGUGUUUGAGAAAAAUGCCGUCAAUGCAAGUGACUUAUUUUUUUGCGCUGUUCCUCGCCUUAGCUUCUUGCGAACCUAAAGCGUGUCCAGAUCUAGAAGAUGUGGCACCUUGCACCUGUAAACGAUCAGCAUAUGGUCUCCACGCCAUAUGCGCCAACUUUAAUUCCAGUUCUCAUCUCGUGAAAGCCUUCAGAAUAAUACGGAACUACCGUAUCAGUAGAGUUCUUCUCCAUGGCUUAUACAUCCCUGAUAUAUUGCCGAAUGAGGUGUUCUAUGGCAUGCAUAUCAAAGAACUGAAUAUUCGAAAUUCCAAGUUGAAAUUCUUACAACCGGCUUUUACAGGUUUGGAAAACACUCUGCACACCUUGUCUCUGAAGAAUUCUACGAUCACAAGCAACAAUGGUUUUGCUUUGGCGCGCCUUACCAAGCUUGAAAAUUUAAAUAUCCGAUCAUUUCACUUAAUAAAGGUCAGAGAUACAUUGGUGAGUGAAAAUGUACCUAAUAUUCAAUUUCUUACCUUAGAUGAAAAUAAUAUUAAAGAAAUUGAAAAUCACGCAUUUUCAAGGCUUUCACAUUUGAAAGCAAUAUCCUUAGCUAGCAACCAAAUCGGAACUGUUCAAAGGUCAAUGUUCCCACAUCCAGCUAUGCAUCUUACAAAGAUUGAUCUAAGCAUGAAUUUGAUCGAACAGUUACCGCCUGACAUUUUCGUCGACAUGCCUUCCUUAAAAGAAAUCAUACUUAAUGGAAACAAACUUCAAACCCUUUCAGAAACUACUUGGAAGUCAGUUUGGGAAAAUUUGCAGUUUGUUUUCCUGAUUGGUAAGUAUUUAUUCGCUAAUAGUCUCACUCUGUAUUAG